UCUGCGCCCCUUCCUUUCCUGAUACAAACAAGUCUCACAUGGUUUAGCUUUGCGAUCUUUCUGAUUUUACGUUGGUAGUUAACUCAACUAUUAUCAAAUAAAAAAACAUAAUAUGGGGAAGAAAAAGUCCACUGGGAGCGGUGCUGGAUUGGGAAGAGCUUUGAUAAAAGAGAGAAUUUUGGCAGGUCGUGGAGGCAGACAGGGAGAUUCUUGGCUUCACACAAGUGAAUUGAAUGACGGCUACGACUGGGGACGUCUGAACCUGCAAUCUGUCACAGAGCAAAGUUCCCUGGACGACUUUCUGGCAACUGCAGAGCUCGCAGGGACAGAAUUUAUUGCAGAAAAGCUCAAUAUCAAGUUUGUAUCUGCGGAAGCCAGGGCAGGUAUUCUUACAUCAGAAGAGAAAGAAAGGCUUAAGAUUCUCCACGAGGAGAAGAAGCAUUUUCUGAGAAUACCUCGCAGACCUCACUGGGAUGAAUACACCACCCCAGAAGCUCUUCAGCAGGCUGAGAGAGACAGCUUCUUAGAAUGGAGACGGGACCUAGCACAGCUAGAAGAGGACCAGAAACUGAUUCUUACCCCUUAUGAAAGAAAUCUGGACUUUUGGAGACAGUUGUGGAGAGUCAUCGAAAGAAGUGACGUUGUGGUCCAAAUCAUUGAUGCCAGAAACCCCUUGCUGUUUCGAUGUCCAGAUUUAGAAAACUAUGUGAAAGAGGUGUCAGAAAACAAGGUCAACAUGCUUCUGCUGAACAAGGCAGACCUGCUGACAUCUGAGCAGCGCAAGGCCUGGGCCAAGUACUUUCAGGACGAAGGUGUUAGAGCAGUAUUCUGGUCCGCCGUCGAGGAGAAUGCUCGGCUGGAGAAGGAGGAGAAGGGUGAGAAGGUGGAAGAUGAAGGGAAUGACAGCAAGGAAGAGAAACCUCUGAACAACAAGGUGGAGAAGGAUGAGGGCGAGGAGAAGGGAAGUGAAGAGGAGAGUGUCGUAGACGAAAUGGAGGAGUUGGAGUGCUCUGGGGAUGACGAGGACUGGCAAACGUGCACGGAGGGAUCAGAGAGUGGGGAUGAGAAGGAGCGGGAAGAUCCAGAACCCAAACAGGCCCACUUUCACAACACAAGUUAUCUUCUGCAUAGAGACGAGCUGCUGGACGUGUUCAAGGCUGCACACACUGGGCCCCGGCUGAAGGAGGACCAGAUCACAGUGGGGCUGGUGGGGUAUCCUAACGUGGGGAAGAGUUCUACGAUCAACACUAUUUUCAGAAAUAAGGUGGUUUCAGUUUCAGCCACUCCUGGGCACACCAAGCACUUUCAGACACUGUUUGUGGAUCCAGGCCUGUGCCUCUGUGACUGUCCUGGGCUGGUCAUGCCCUCGUUUGUGUCCACUAAAGCUGACAUGAUCUGCUCCGGGAUCCUACCAAUCGACCAGAUGCGAGACCAUGUUCCAGCAAUAUCUUUGGUGUGCCAGACUAUUCCCCGUCACGUACUGGAAGCCACCUAUGGCAUCAACAUCAUCCGCCCGCGGGAGGACGAGGACCCCGAGCGGCCUCCCACGACCGAGGAGCUCCUGACAGCCUACGGAUAUAUGAGGGGCUUCAUGACCGCACACGGACAGCCUGACCAGUCCCGCUCGGCUCGGUACAUCCUGAAGGACUACGUCGGCGGGAAGCUACUCUACUGUCACCCACCUGCCCACAUCAGACCUGAGGAUUUCCAGCCUCAGCACAGCACGUUCAAGAAGCCAGAAGUGGGGGAGACGCGAGGCAUCUCUGCGGAGACGGGCAGGCAGCAGAAAAUCAAGAGGAUCGAAAAUGUGGUGGACAAGAACUUCUUCCAUCAGGACAAUGUGAGGGCCCUGACCAGGGGCGUCCAGUCGGUGAUGGGCUACAAACCCGGAAGUGGCCUGACUAACCAGGCCCAGCCAGGCUCAGAGCAGGCUGCUGGGAAGCCCUGGAAGAAGCAUGGCAACAGGAACAAGAAGGAGAAAGUGCGCAGACUCACUAAGCACCUGGACAUGUAGCGGGCUGUUCUCACUGUAUAUCCACCAACAGCAGUACAAACUGCAUUGUAAUUCCUUACUGAAUGUUAUAAUUUAUGCAUUCAAAAUAUGUAUUUAAACUAUACUGGGUUACCUUUUGUGCUGCGUCAUUUAGUAGAAAUGGAUCUUUUUGUAAAUUGUCUUUCCAAUACCUUUGGUAAUGAACAUUCAUUACAUUGCAAAUGGAGAUAAAUUAAAUUAUGAGAAAUGUUCAUAAUUUAACAAAUGUAUAUUGAUGCAAAUUGGAAUUGUUAAAGGGGAUUAUUUAAAAAGAAAUGUUUUUAACUGGUAGGGUGGCUGAGAUUUAAUAAAGAAAUUCCCCUUAUGUGUA